AUGCCAGCGAUUUGGCGGCCGAACGUGAGUAGGGUGCUCCCGGAUGUGGACGUCGAGGUGGGGGUGACGGAGGACGCGUCGAGCAAGGGGACGAAGCGGAAGAGGGCCCCUCCCACGAAGGGGCCGUGCGAGCACGGGGUGAAGCCCCGGUCGAGAUGCAAGUUGUGCAGCGCUUGUCCGCACGGGAAGAGGCGCUAUCAUUGCAAGGAGUGCGGUGGGGCUGCGUUCUGCGAGCACGGUCGUGAGCGCUCUAAGUGCAAGGAGUGCGGUGGUGCAUCAAUCUGCGAGCACGGUCGUGAGCGGUGUAGGUGCAAGGAGUGCGGUGGGUCUCAAAUGUGCGAGCACGGUCGUGAGCGUCGUUACUGCAAGGAGUGCGGAGGGUCUGGAAUCUGCGAGCACGGUCGUGAGCGCUCUAAGUGCAAGGAGUGCGGUGGGUCUCAAAUCUGCGAGCACGGUUGUCAGCGCUCUAAGUGCAAGGAGUGCGGUAGGGGCUGA